AUGCUUUCCUCGAAAUUUGUACAAUGCUCGCGGUCCGCAGCGUCUAGACUGCGUGGCAGUUUUAAAAACGGCCCACUGCGGCGCCAAUCAGUAUCUGGAGGCUCCAGAAGAAAUAUAGGGUCGUUGACGUCAAAGCUCAGUGACCCCAGCAAGCGCACUCGUGCGCUCAAAGCAUCGAUUUUGACCACAACUUCAGCUUCUGCUGCCGCUCUGCUAUAUUCGUUUUUGGACCAAUCUCCAGGCGAUAUCAAGCCCUCUGAAGUCAUGCUACACAACCAGAUGGAUGACUGCUGGAUUGUGCUUAACGGGGAGGUUUACGACGUAACCGAUUUCCUGCAAGUGCACCCCGGCGGUGCAGCCAGAAUCAUGCAAGUUGCCGGUAGAGAUGCAACCCGCACUUUCUACUCGAUCCACUCCGAUUCGACUUUGGAUAGAAUGAAGGACUCGUUGGUGUACAUCGGCAAGCUAAAGGGCCAAUUUCACAUAGAGGAGCCCGAGGAGGAGAUCACAUUGAGAGAAAUGCGGCAGAAAAUCCCUCCACUCGCUCGCAUCUUUAACCUUUCCGAUUUCGAAGGUAUUGCUAAAGAAGUAUUGCCGAAGGGUACAUUUGCCUACUACGCCACCGGUGCCUCUGAUGAGUUUUCCAUUCGCGAAAACCACUACGCUUACGGGAGAGUCUUCUUCAGGCCAAAAGUGUUACAAGACAUCGAAUACGACGUCGACACGUCUACCGAGUUUCUGGGAACCAAAGUUGAUCUACCCUUUUACAUCUCGGCCUUUGCCGGUUCGAAGCUCGCACAUCCCUUGGCCGAACUGAACCUACAGGCCGUGGCCGAAAAAGAAAACGUUAUGCAAAUGGUUCCCAAGCAAUGUUCCUACAGUGUCGACGAAUUUUUCGAGCACGUCCCCGACACUCAAAACCAGUGGUAUCAAUACCACUUUGACAAUCUUGAAGAGCUCAACAACUUUCCGAAGUUGAUCAAGAGGCUCGAGGAACAGCCCAGUAUCAAGGGUAUUUUUGUGAAUGUCGAUUUGCGUGACAUUGGUAACAGAGAGAAAGAUACCAGACAACGUUCAGCCGACACCACUGUUAGCAAAGAGCUAUCAUCGAUUGUCACAAGCAAAAUGGCCUACGCCAAGUUUACCUGGAAGGAUGUCGACAAGAUUAUCGCUUCCACUCAUUUGCCUGUUUGUUUAAAGGGUGUACAAAGAGGUGAGGACGUUGUGCUUGCCGCAGAAAGAGGUGUAAAGGCCGUUGUGCUGUCGAACCACGGUGGAAGACAAUUAGACUUCUCGCGUCCUCCGCUUGAAGUGCUAGCUGAGGCAAGGACCAUGUUGAAAGAGAAGAACCUCGAGGACAAGAUUGAGAUCUACCUCGACGGUGGUGUAAGAAGAGGCUCCGAUAUCAUCAAGGCCCUGUGCAUGGGUGCCAAGGGUGUGGGUAUGGGUAGACCAUUCUUGUAUGCCAUGGCUGGAUACGGUGAACCCGGCCUAGAACACCUGGUGCAAAUCCUACGUGGCGAGAUUCAGAACAAUAUGAGACUUUUGGGCGUUGAACGCAUUUCUGACCUGAACGAAAGUUUAGUGGAUUUCAAGAGUCUACAGUUCCGUAACCCUCGUGCCAACGACACCCUUUACGACCAGGGCUACAUGCCAUUAAGCUUUCCUGCCUUUAGAUAA